AUGGCUGAAUUAAUGGACGUUAGAGAUAUCUUAGAGCGGCAUCUUCCAAUCCACCAUGCAGUGUCUAAGGGUACCCAGCGUAUCCUUGUGGCAUGUCAGACAUGCCGAUAUAGAAAGUCCAAAUGUGAUUCUGGGGAUCCUUGUUUAAUGUGCUCACACCUAAAGGUGCCAUGUAUUCGGGCUCCAUCGAGUGCACAAGCUACUCCCACUCGGGACGCACUUCCACAAAUCGUGAGGCAAGAAGUUAGGGAUGAAAACCCGGCCCAGGUAGGUUUACGUAUUGAUAAGACAUGGGAUGGAUCUCCCGUUUGCAACGAGGACUCCGGUAAUACCCCUGAGCCGAUGCGGAAGGGUGGGACAAAAUGUGUCUUAGCGAAUGCCGAGAACCAGAAUACCAACACGCUUAACUGGCCUUCUAUUGACGAGUGGAUGUCAGAAACUCGAACAGUUCCCUUCGAAGGUGAUCUGGUUGAGGCUUUACUCGCCUUGCCCUCAAGGGAACUGGACGAUGACAAUCAACUCCAAAUAAUACUCCCAACUACACCAGAGUCUACAACAAACAUGGGGCAUUCUUGCCUCCCAGACACUGUGUUCCAUGAAGCAUGGGCUAUUCUUCACCAUUCUACUCUUGAACAAGCAGACCAGUUUCCCUUGCUGCUGCAGGCAAUAGCAUUAGUCAAGUGGCCGCCGCCGAUGAAUAAUGAACGGAAUAAACUGGCCAAGGAGUUGAUGGCACAUCUGGUAAUCGGUCCAGAAGACUUUAACACUAGACUGGUUGAGACGUUUCGGAAUAUUCAAGCUCUUGUCGUGGCUUUAAUAUCAUAUACAACCGAAGAUAUUAUGCCAGAAUCCGCCCACUGGGCUGCUCAGGGUACGGAUAUCGUCAUAUCUGCAAUGCGACGCAUGGGUAUGUUCGCCGGGCGAUGGGUUCCAGUGGAUAUUAUACCAGAGCAUAGAUGGAUUUGUGAAGAAGAAAUCAAGAGAAUGGCUUAUGCUGCACUUCGACUUGAUGUAUAUUUCAGUAUCAUCAUUAAUCGUCCUCCAUCUCUCCGCUUUCAAGAACUUCAUCUUGCUCUUCCCGUCACAAAAACAUUGUGGAAGGCAUCCAAAGUAGAGGAUAGGUAUCAUAUCCAAUGGUUCGAACCAGCGGGACGUGAUAGGUGCAUAUUCCAGUCCGCCGUCCAAGACUUUUUCCAAACAAGGGGAGGGUUAGUGAAUACUAAUCGAAUGCAGCCUUUCGAAGAGCCUGAUAGCCAUUUGGCUCUUUGUGCUAUCCAGGUGGAGUUAUGGUCCGCCACUCAGGCAGUACGAGGGGAUAGAGACUGCAGCACAAGGUUCAUGACAUCAACCCAGCAGUCGGGCAACCUUGGCUUCCAGAGUAGCCAUUUGCUUUACUGCCAAGCAUAUCUCGAAGACGCCUAUAAACGUGGGCAAAUAUGUUUCGUAGAGUGUCCCGAAACACAACACUUUUGGCUUGCUCUUAACCUGACCCUAUACCACUUAACACUUCUCAAUAUUCACGCUGAUAUAUCUCUUCUGGAGCAUCAAAACUGUGGUGAUGCUCGACAAGAAGCAGAAACUCAGAGGAUACUUCGGGCAUGGGUAGAUUCCAUGGACGGUCGCAAGGCGGUGUACCAUGCCGUUCAGCUCCAGCAGAAAUACGAAUGUAAGACGUGUGCCGCGUGGCCUGAAUAUUACAACUAUUGGAAUCCAUUACGGCCCACAGCUCUGUUGUAUAGUUGUAUUAUUUUGUGUGCUUACAAUGCUGAAUGUGCGGUAUCUGUAAUGGAGAAUAGCUCAGCGGUAGAGUUGUCUGUUGAAGAGGAUAUAAGUGCAGGACCGAUUCACGAUUGGAUACAGAAAGGUGGCUGUGCAUCAAUUCGAGGGGCUGUACUGGGGAGAUCUGCCAUUUCUCAGCUUGUUUCAUGGGCUCGCGAACGACUGGCACCGUUUAACACUGCCUCUCGCCGGUUCGAAAGGUUUCUGUACAGAGUUGGCGACUAUUGUUAG